AUGAGCCGUUCGGGAUUUGAUCAGUUUAUUACAAUAUUCAGUCCAGAGGGAUCUUUGUAUCAGGUUGAAUAUGCCUUCAAAGCUGUAACGUAUGCGGGUCUCCUUACGGUAGCCAUACGCUGCAAGGAUGCUGUCUUGGUAUUUACACAGCACACCGUGCCUGACAAACUGAUGCGUUCUGAAACCAUUGCUUCCCUCUACAAUAUCACUGAAGGUAUUGGCGCUUGUGUUACCGGUCGAGCUCCUGAUGGAAAGUCUUUGGUACAGAAAGCUCGUCAUGAGGCGUCUGAGUUCAAGUACCGCUUUGGAUCUCCCAUUCCAGUUAGCGUGCUUGCCAAGCGUGUGGCUGAUAUGGCGCAGGUCCGAACCCAACAAGCGGGAAUGCGACUUAUGGGAGUCGUGAUGACAUUUCUUGGUAUGGAACAGAACGACGAGGAUGGCUCGUGGGUUCCGCAGAUUUACUGUGUAGACCCAGCGGGGUGGUGUGGCAGCUUUCACGCCUAUGCUACAGGUAAGAAACAAAUUGAGGCUACAGCAUUCCUGGAGAAAAAACAAAAAAAUGCACCGUUUCACACUCUUUCUCAAAAAGAAGCUGCUAUGAUUGCACUUGCAGCACUCCAGAGUUCCCUUGGUGAAUCUUUAAAAGCGUCUGAUUUGGAAGUGGGACGAUGCAGCGUAAGCAACCACAGUUUCUCUCGUGUACCGGAUCAGGAGGUAGAGGAAUGGCUGACGGCUCUCGCAGAGGCGGACUAG